GGCUGGCCCGGCACAGCAUCACAUCCUGGCAUCACCUGGGCAGAACCCCGGACUGUAUGUUAUAAAUGCAACUCCCAGGGCCGUUUGCACGGCAGCCGAAUGAAAAGCUGCAAGGGUGAAUUGAAGAGUGAGCAGUUCCUGCAAGUUUAAAGUAUUUUUGGUGAAGGAUGCGGAUCUCUCGAUGUGUCCUGUUUCUGGUAAAAAAAAUCGGUAAUAGCAAGCCGACGAUAUGGCGGAAUCAACAUACCUACAAGAUGGCCACUUCAGCCAGUGCCAGCCUCAACAAGGUGGUCAAGAAGAACUACAUGGAGCUGCCACAGGACGGCAAAGUGCAGGCCAUGUACAUCUGGAUCGACGGCACGGGAGAAGCGGUACGCUGCAAGACCAGAACCCUGGAUCAGGAGCCCAAGACCAUUGCUGAUCUGCCGGAGUGGAACUUCGACGGCUCCAGUACCUAUCAGUCGGAGGGAUCCAAUAGCGACAUGUACCUGAUUCCGUCUGCCAUAUUCCGGGACCCCUUCCGUCGGGAUCCAAACAAGCUUGUGCUGUGCGAAGUCCUCAAGUACAACGGGAAGCCAGCAGAAAGUAAUCUUAGAAAUUCCUGUCAAAAAAUCAUGUCUAUGAUUUCGAACCAGAUCCCCUGGUUUGGGAUGGAACAGGAGUAUACUUUGCUGGGUACAGAUGGGCACCCGUUCGGGUGGCCUUCCAAUGGUUUUCCUGGACCACAAGGGCCCUACUACUGUGGAGUCGGUGCAGACAAAGCAUACGGACGUGACAUUGUAGAGGCCCAUUACCGAGCCUGCCUCUAUGCUGGAAUUAACAUCUCUGGAACAAACGCUGAGGUUAUGGCUUCACAGUGGGAAUACCAAGUUGGGCCCUGUGAAGGCAUUGACAUGGGUGACCACUUGUGGAUGUCACGAUUCAUUCUGCACAGGGUGUGUGAGGAUUUUGGCAUCAUUGCCAGCUUUGACCCAAAGCCCAUACCUGGUAACUGGAAUGGUGCUGGCUGCCACACCAACUUCAGCACCAAGAUGAUGCGGGAAGAAGGCGGGUUGAAAGUCAUUGAGGAAUGCAUUGAAAAACUCGGCAAGAGGCAUCAGUACCACAUCCGUGCCUAUGAUCCCAAGGGAGGGUUGGACAAUGCCAGGCGUCUGACGGGCUACCACGAAACUUCCAAUAUUAACGAGUUCUCGGCUGGAGUUGCCAACAGGGGAGCCAGCAUCCGCAUACCUCGUUCUGUUGGCCAAGACAAGAAAGGUUACUUUGAAGACCGCCGUCCGUCUGCCAAUUGUGACCCCUAUGCAGUCACUGAAGCAUUGGUCCGUACAUGCCUAUUGAAUGAAACUGGUGAUGUGCCUGUUGAGUACAAGAACUAAAGCAGAAUGGACCUGGCAUCUGUGGCAUUGAAUUCCUCAGAACUCUCCUAUACUGUCCAGGUGCUGAGGGGAAGGGGAGGGAGGUGUUGGUUUGAUUUAAAUUUCUGAACAUCAUUUUUUCUGUAUCUGGAAGGCAAGGAUCGUAUGUGGACAAGAUAUCAAAGCUGUUUAUCUUGAACAGUUGAAGAUAGAUCUUUGAGUUGACUGGUCAACUUCACAUGGACAAUAACCUGUAAUUUAAUACAGUCAACUUUGAUACUAAAGCAGGGCUUUUUUUAUUAUAAUACAACAUAAUAUUUUUUGGUUGAGUGACACUUUCUCUACUAAAAGAAAGUCUCUUGGAUCUAUACUGAUCCACAGUAAUACUAAUACUGUAGGGUGCACAGUUUUACUGAGUUUUAAUGAUAGUUGGCAUUUUCUUCAGAUAAAUUUUCUGCAGUGCUUGAAGAGGUUCUACAAAAUGGCUGACUGGUGGGUGUUAAAUUAUGAUGACCAAUUUCAUUAGUGCUCUGGGAGGAAGAAGUGUCUGUACAGUAACAACCUGGUACAGUCUGGCCAGAUAAUAACGGUAUUGCAGAAAGUUCUGGAGCAUUCUUAGUGAUGCCUUGCAUUUAAUGACUUCACUUGUCCUGAGGAUGAUUCCUUCAAAUAUCAAAUGUGCUUGGCUAUUCUCCGGAUGAGGAGAAGGGGAGAUCUGUGGAUGGGGUAUUGCUUAACAAAUAUUUGUAAAGUUGGGCUGUGACACCAAUUGUGCAUUCUAUUUUUCAAAGGAAGGGAUUAAUGUUGGUAACCAAUAUGUGAUUGUCCAUUGUGAGUUGUUUGACUUUUUCUAGAUAAUAUUAAGACAUUAUAGGGAAAAGUUCAGUUGUAAAAAAUUAUUUCCAAGUUUUUCUGUAAUCCCUGUGAGUUAUAUGUACAGGGAAUAAUUCCCAGUUCUACAUUUUUGUCAGUUUCUGAAGCAUGCUGUAAGCAUUGAUGUCUUUUUAACGGUAUUUUAAUGGUACAGAUUUGUUUCAGGGUUCAACUUUGCUGUAGGUUUUUUAAUUGAACUUUUUUAAAUUGCUAUCUCAGUCUUGUAUUUUGAAUUGUCAUUGCUAAAAUUGAGUAAAGUGGAUUUUAAUCACA